UGUUUUCACUACAGACUACAGUCACUACAUUUACAUCAUUGAUUAAAAAUAUUAACUUCUAGAGGGCUGCAAUUUUUAAAAUUGGACACUGCGCAGGCCUACUAUUUAAGGCCGCGUAAGAUUUAAAAUUAAAUCAUAAAUUUAGGAUCAUUGAUAGUGAGAAGUACUUAAAAUUUAGACGUUUUCAAGCUUUAUCCACACUAAUCAAUCAACAGCUGUAAUUAAAUGUGUGACGAAAGUAAAAACCAGAAACCUGCAACAGAAGAAUAUGAGGCUGAAACAGAUCGUGAUGUUUUAUGUCAUAUUGUCUACCCAACUGGGGAAGAGGUAACUAAGCCAGUUGAUGCUUGCGAUACAGCUCUAAAGCUGAAAAAAUUCUACCUGAAUGGUCAACCUUCUGAUUAUGAUGUUGUGCUAGAAUUAAAGGAUGAUACAUAUGUCAUGAAAGCAGAUAGUGAGCAACUGGGAGAUAAUUUACACAAAAUUGUAAAGAUACACAUUGUUCAAAAAGGCCAAAUAAUCCCAGAAAAGAACCUUGGUGUUUGUUACAAGAGAAAUUGAAAGAUAUAAUACAGUUGAGCAUGACCGGUACUUUUUACAAAUAGUUCGUCCAUUGUAUGACAUGCCACACUUUAGGAUAAGAUAAUAUCAGGUAUUUGCAGAAGUUAGGCCAAUAAGUUGAAA